CUUGUGUGGUGCCGAUUACCUCCGGAUAAACCCACCACCUCGGUGUCCUUGCAGCCAAGCUGCAUUUGCUCACGCCUGUCAUCCCUGUUUCUGGCGCCAAAUCCGGCCGUCAUUCAUUUUUUGAAUGUGAACCAUCGCAUUGCUGCCACAAUGCCACAAUCGAAGCACAUGAUGUCUUGCUGGCCCAUGAUCUUAUUAGUUAGACUAGUUGCUAAUAUUGGUGGUGUUGUACUGUUUUAUCAAUGAACCAUGCCCCUGUUUCCAGAGACCGACGAUGGCUUUGUAGGCUACGUGGAGAAAUCCCAUGAUCCAGGUUAUAGUCUCAUCUUUGCCACCAUUUUAUUUUGCAUCAUUAUCUAUUGCUCCCUGCCCUUUCUCGUGUCCUUGGGUUUUCGCCUGGAAAUCAAGAACCAGAUCAAUCAAGAAAAGAGACAGCGCUGGAAGGCUCAACCACGACCACAGUCCACUAGGAGCAGCAACAACAACAACAACAAUGUGCCAAUCAUUGCUACUUCGGAGUAUGACGGCAGCGUCGAUCCAAUUUUCGAAGCCACAGAAGGCCCACCAUCACCCAUGAGUGUAGUAUCGGGUCGAUCGGCAAUCUCUUUGACUCCCAGUGUUUCCUCCCUGGUUUCCCUGCACAGCCAGCGAUCACGCAAAAGACGCCGUCGAAAGCGCCACAACAAGCGCAUCAUGGAGAAGAAAAAUGAAUGGGUAGAGUUUGAACUCAGAAUGCAACGCUAUGAUGCCUAUGCGGAUAGUGUCAUCAAUGGCACGGACGACGCGGCAACCAACAAAGCCGAAGAGAACGCCAUUGUGAAAUUAAGUGAUUCUCCCACCAGACGGCCAAAGAGCCGAGAUCAAUCGCCUGUGCGUUCUGUCAUGGGGUCGCUCGAUCAAGAUGCCUUAUCGUUUGGCGACGCCGUCAGCAUCACGACAUCCAGUCCAGCACGGAAAGGAUACCCACCCCCGCUGCGGGACCAUCUCAAAACUAAUCAACCGGAUGAUGUCAACCCGGCUGAUGAGGAUACUUCCUUGUGGAAUACGCUUUUGGAUCUUGCCGUGUGGGAUUUUGAAAGCAAACGCAUCAUCAAACUGGCGAUUCCUUUUGCAAUACAGUCACUUUCCACUGGAAUCCUGGAUAUUAUCACAGCAGCCGUGAUUGGAAAGGUCCUUGGUACCAGCGAGAUCUCCGCCUUUGUCACCGUGAGAGGGUUGAUUCAUGUUUCAUCCAGCUUCUUUGGAGGGUACCAUGAAAGCAUUGCCGUCUUGUGUAGCCAGGCCAUGGGUAAAAACAAUGUGAAACUGGUCGGACACUACGUUCAGCUGUCCAUGAUACUCUACGUGGUCUCCUACAUUCCCUUUGUGAUCCUCUGGUGGGUGUCCAUGCCGUCCAUCCUGGAGUGGCUUGGAUUUGACCAGGACACGGUUGACAUUGGACAAGGAUAUACCCAGGUCUACUUGUUUUUGGAGCUGUUGGAUGGUGUCGAUGAGAGCGUUCAUGGAUUGCUCGAUGUCAUUGACUUGGAAUCCUACAGCACUUUGAUUGGUGUCUCGCAGGAAGUCAUUACAUUCCUCGACAUUCUGGCAGCUACAUUCAUAGCCAAGCCCAGUCUCUAUGUCAUUGGUUUGAUUGAGUUGUUUGUGUCAAUCGUCUUUUUGAUUGUCAAUGUUGGCAUCAUUAUCUGGCGUGGCUGGUUCCGACCAUACCGAGAGGGAUUGAUUGGCAGCUGUGCAUUGUACAACAAAACAGCUGUCAAGUUGAUGUUGUCCACAUCAUGCUCCCUUUCCAUAGGAUACCUCUUGACCGAUGGAGAGUGGGAAAUCUUGACUUUGUUUGCAAAGUACAUGGGCCCUGCAGAAGUGGUUGCUUGGGGCAUUCUCGGCUUGAUGUUUGAGACAAUCGAAAGAUUUGUCGAGGCAGUGGCCGACGCUAGCGAAGUUCGCGUAGCAUUUCUGCUUGGGUCUGGCCAGCCUGCCAGGGCGAAGCGCUCAGCGUACAAGUCCCUCAUCAUGGGUGUGUUCUUGUCCUUUUUCCUCACUUCCAUCUUGUUCAUUGCUGGCGACAAUAUUGCAACUUGGUUUUCAAAUGACCCGGCAUUGCAACAUAUCGUUGCGGACCUGCUUCCAUUGCUUGGCAUUGGGAAUGUCACACUGACCUUGUGUACAAUCUGCUGGACACUCGUUGGCGCCCAAGGCAGAUAUCGUCUGGCUACGUGUAUUGCCGCCGCGACGAGCUGGCUUGUGACUCUACCAUUGGCAGCGUUGUUUACGUUUGCGUUGAAUAUCAAUCUGCAAGGACAAACUGCUGCGGUGGUGAUUGGCGACAUGGUGUCAGGGACAAUCUUGGCAUACUUUUUGUUUCGAUCGGACUGGGUGGGUUUGUCUGAAGCAGUCCAAGACGCGCACGAGGCUGCGGAAGUUGGACCCCCUGAAUGGGAUCAACAGUCCGCUUCUCCUAGCGUUACUUAUUCCAAGCCCUCAACUCCGAAAACAGCUACCGGUAGCCCCGAAAAGGAUGAGGUUGGAGAUGGACUCCUCAACAGUCCAAAUCUUGGCUUGCUUGGCACUCUUGCAGAGGGCAAUCCAGGCGAGGAGUCGUUCAUGAGUGCCAACUCUGGAGAUCUAGAUUUCAUCACUCCUCAGGCCACUCCUACAAAACAAGAGCUUGUCUAAUAAGCUCGUCAACUCGCAAUCCACCAUACUAGCUCAAUUGAAAGGCUGCCAUAUGCAGUGCACUCCUCUCAGCCUCCAACACAACGCUAUUCUGUUCACGUCAUCUAGCUAGGAGAUAAUUAUUUUCGGAACAAACUUUUCAGAUGCGCUGAUAGCAAGUCGUCAUCCUCAAUGUUCCUUUCUUCGCUUUUGCCGUUCAAUAAGACACCGCCGCACUGUUGCAACAAUGCACUACCAUACAUGCACAAACACUGGUCUAGCUACUAGUAGAGCUGAAGCCCAGCAAGAGCC